GGCGGUUCUGGGGAUCAUGUAACAAAUGUUCGUAAUACGGUGGCUAGCCAGUGGGUCCUUGUGACUAUAAACCUCUCAGUCUGACUUUGGGUAACCACAAAAGUCAUUUCUAUUCUUGUAUCAUCUGUACUAAUAUUUACAAGGCAGACAUUCUUUGGGGUCUACUUCAUAUAAAUAUCACCAGCCUUUCUUCCAAUCCUGGUACUGGGUGAAGCUAGAAGGCAGCAGAGCCAUCUUGCCAGAGUUUAUGCCAUGCAGAAAAAAAAUCAAGGCAUCACAUGAUUCCUGCAGUAAGUCGACUGCAAAGGAGCAGAGAUGAAGUCUCAUAUGAAGUUAAAGGGGUUGAGACUCAGGAAAUUACAUUUUCAGUUUUAAAAUCAUCACACAACUAAGCCACGGGAAUCAAGGACAUGGAAUCGAUCCUAAAAUCAUGAUGAAGAGAUUCCAGAAUUCAAGCAACAAAAACAGCCCAAGAUCACACAGGGAAGGUCUUCGGAGUGUUUUCUUUAGGACGUAAUUUCUCUUGUCUACAAAUCUGGAAAAUAGGGAACAUCGGGAGAUACGAAGAGAAAGAACACAUGGCCACAGAUGUCUUCAAUUCCAAAAACCUGGCCGUGCAGGCUCAAAAGAAGAUCUUGGGGAAAAUGGUGUCCAAAUCCAUCGCCACCACCCUCAUCGAUGACACGAGCAGCGAGGUGUUGGAUGAGCUCUACCGGGUGACCAAGGAAUACACCCAGAACAAGAAGGAGGCAGAGAAGAUCAUCAAGAACCUCAUCAAGACCGUCAUCAAACUGGCCAUUCUUUACAGGAAUAACCAGUUCAACCAAGACGAGCUGGCGCUGAUGGAGAAAUUCAAGAAGAAAGUCCACCAGCUGGCCAUGACCGUGGUCAGCUUCCAUCAGGUGGAGUACACCUUUGACCGGAACGUGCUGUCCCGCCUGCUGAACGAGUGCCGAGAGAUGCUCCACCAGAUCAUCCAGCGCCACCUCACAGCCAAGUCGCAUGGACGGGUUAAUAACGUCUUUGACCAUUUUUCCGAUUGUGAUUUUUUAGCUGCCUUAUAUAACCCCUUUGGGAAUUUUAAGCCCCACUUACAAAAACUCUGCGAUGGUGUCAACAAAAUGCUGGAUGAGGAGAACAUCUGACCAUGUGCAUUAAGACUGCAACCGCCCGUGAUUUCUUUGAAAACGGAGCACUGCUGAUUUAUGAAGGAAAAACGAUUUUUUUUUUUUAAAGAUGACCCAUGUUUCAGAAAGACUUUUGCCCACCUCAGGCGUCAGACAUUGUCAGUAACGUUUUGUGCAGCUUGUUUCAUUUGAAGAAAAGCAGAUUGCCAAAAAUUCUGGUGAAAAGCUCCCUCCCUCACAGUUAGCAGAUCGUGGGAAAGGUGUCUGGUUGUGUGAUGCAAAUAUAGAGUUAUGCAAAGAAAAAUAUGGAUGGCUCCAAACCUCAAGACAUGUUUUUUUAGGUCAGUUGUGUUGGUAGCACAUUGGGUAUUUCUCACGUGUACAGAAUUAUGUACUUUGAUUCACUAUUAUUCCUUACUGUGUAUAUGUACCUCUGUUAAAAAGCUGAGAACUCUCUCUUGCUCUCAUUGCUCCCUUUGAGAUGAUUUCAUUUUCAAGUCUACCUUUUGUUGUGUUCCUUUGUUAAAGCUUUUGUCAUUGACAUUUAAGAAUUAAGUCUUCAUCGAGAAUUAAGACGUUCAAGAAUUGAGGCGGUCAGACUGAACCCUCAGAAAAACAGGAAACUGCUUCUUUGAAAUCAGUAUUGUAGGAACCAACUAUAUUUGAUAUGGUGAAUAAUGCCUGAUAAACGAACAUGCUUCGGGACUGGAGUGUCCUGUUUUUUAGUACCAACGGUGAUACUUCGAAAAUGUGGUAAUUCUUGAAGAUGUGCUAGUGGACUCUCCAUUUUUAGUAUCCGUUUCAGAUGUAAAAGAGACAAAGAAAAAUCUAGAUGGUUCUUGUAAAGGUCAGCAAUACUAAGAAAAGUACAACAAUCUUUAUUUUAGAGAUGAGCCCAUCAAAAUAAUUUAGGGGGAUAAAGGGCCAAAAUGGAAGAAAGCAUAUUGCUGUGGACCAUGAGAAUGAAAAUAAGUGCAUUUCAACGUUGAAUAAGGUUUGAUAGGUAAAUAAAGAAUGUCACUUUUUUAUUUAACUGAUAAGGUUUUUACUAUUUUGUUAUUUGCUAUUUUGAUGAGUAAACCAAAGAAUAUUUGCAUUCUAA